AUGCCGGUCCUCCCCCGCGUCCCGCCGUCCAAGCGAGAUCUCCCAGCUUUACAUCUGUCCGCCGACAGACUUCUCUCCACGGGCGAAAGACUCACUUCUGACGAGGCAGCGGCGGCCGGCUCAAAACGGGCGCUUCCACCCUUGAGUAUUGACUCGGAUGCGCUAUUUGCGCCGCUGGCACUGCUGGGUCCUCCAAAAGCAGCGCCUCCCUCGAAACGACAAUGGCCAUCCUUCUUCCCAUCCUUGAGCAUUUCAUCAGAUGCACUUCUUGCGCCGCUCGAACGGCUGGCUCCCAAACCGAAGCCUACGACAUGGAAGAGGAAUCUGCCGCCAUUGAGCUUGUCCUCGGAUGCGAUCCUCGCGCCACUCCGACAGCAGGGCGCUCAGGAAGAAGAGGCGUCGAUGUCGAAGAGAGCGGGAGGCUCUGAGGACGUGUUCGACAAGAUAUCCGUCAAGCGAUUGCAGUCCAAUCCACCACAAUCCUCGGCGUCGAAGAGAGAUACUCCGCACUCGGGCCUGUCAUCAGCCUCGCUACUCGACAAUGUGCCGGUCGUAGGCCGUCCACUGCUCCGCGGCGAAGAGGAGACGCCGAAUACCAAAAGAGACGCAUCUCCGCUAUUGAAACUGGACUCAGAGCAGGUCAUGAAUAGCCUGCCUCUUUCGAAACUCGGGCUGGAAAGGCUGCAGUCGUCGCCGCCGCCAUCGGCACCUCCAACGAAACGAGAAAACGAGGCAUCCAAACCUCCUCCGUUUGUGCAGGUCAACAGCUUGAAAUUCCUCGAUAAGCUUAGCAGAGUCGAUGUCCUCCAUCCGCUGGAUCCGCCACCACCAGCAUCGAAAAGGAACGAGGAUUCAGCGGAAGACAGAGAAGGCCCUCCGGUUGUUGGCGUCAACACCCAGCAGUUCACCGACAAACUCAAGAGAAAGACAGGAGUUGACCCCGAUCCAUUGCAUAGGAACAAAGCUUUAUACCUUCGACAGGCCAACACCAUCUUAAUUCCAGCCCAGUACGCGGGAAUCGAUAGUGGUCCAUCACCCGGCGCCGUGGCAGGCAUCGUUCUCGGCAGCGUAGCCGGCUUCCUUCUGAUUGUCUGGCUGCUCUGGCUGAUCAGUAACGGUGGAGGCGUCUUACGCUCCAGCACAUAUGUCGAAGAUGACAUCGUUGUCUCCCGACACCGAUCACGUAGUCCAGGCACCCGUCGUAGUCACCGCAGUCACCGCACUGAGAUGACCAGUCGGAGUCCACGCCGCGAGCGUGUCAUCAGGCAGGAGCGUAUUGUACGAGAUCGCAGCAUGCCGGCACGGGAAACGAGUCGGCUGAGGGACACAGUAAUUAUGGAUGAGCAGAUCAGACCUGAAAGGAGAGUGGAGGGGGAUGAUAUUGUGGAGGUAAUCGAGGAGCAUUCAAGUGUAAGCGUGCCGCCUCCGAGACGGUCGAAGGGCAGGCAGAGCAGCAGCGGAUACAGACGAGGAGAGUACUCGGGCAUUUGA